UGUUUCAUUAGAUGCCUCUCGAAGGAAAAUAUGACUCGGCGAAUGUCUCACAGUGUCUUCAAAUUUAAUUUAAAUUACACUUAGUUUUUCAAUUGCUGAAAAGUUUUUCAAUUUUCCAAGAUUGGGUUACUGUACAACCAGCCACCUUGACUUUAUGAACGUAAAUUAACGAAAACAUUACUGCUAAAGCGUGUAUUUCUCAUUUGCUUGUAGUCGGUCUUCCAUGUGCAAUUAUUUUUAAGACAUCUGCCUGAUGUUGUUUUGAAGCUUCAAAGCCAAUCGUUUUGUGAGGUAUAUCCAUUUAGCUGAUAUCUCCUGCUAUUUUGAAGUUCAUUUCAGCUUGACUCACCACCGAAAGGCUCCGAAAAGACGCCUCAAGUCAAAACUGCAAAACUACUAACAAAACUUUUCUUCUUUGAGAAAACCCGCUCAAAGCAGUAUGGGAGUUUCGUUUACAACGAGGAAGGGAACUGUCGUUAUCUGGUUCCUAAUUAUAACAUUCUUUCACGGACUACUAACAAGGAGUGUCCCAGGAGCUGGUUUUAAACGACUGCCCAGGAGUUUUAAUAGUACUUUGACAAGAAGCAGCAAAAGAAAAGCAGCCCAGUUUCCCGACGGAUCGUACGCUAAAGUAUCUCAUAUUAUCGGCAAACGACUGAAACAUUACGAUAAACAUGUUCGCCCAAACGACACGGGACCUCCUGUUGAAGUUCUUAUCGAGUUUAAACUAAUGGCAUUUGGAAAAAUCAGAGAAGAAGAUAUGGACUAUACAAUCGACAUAUUCUUCAGACAGUGGUGGAAAGAUCCUCGAUUGGCGCAUGGACAAGAUAAAGUUUUUAACGCCGCAUUAGAUCCUAGUAAACUGGGAAAAGGAAUAUGGACGCCCGACACGUAUUUCCGAAACGUAAAAAAUUCAAAUUAUCAUUCAGUCAGUAGAGAUAACAUGCGACUGAGGAUUUCUAAGGAUGGAAGCAUUUAUUACAGUGCCAGGAUAACUCUCACUGCUCUGUGUGAUAUGGAUCUAAGGCUGUUCCCUCUGGACACUCAGAACUGUGAUUUAGUAAUAGAGAGCUAUGCAUACACUGUGGACGAUGUUAUCUACAAUUGGAACAAUCGAGGCUCCAAGGCUAUCGAGGUGUUCGCAGCUGAACUUGCUCAGUUUGAUAUGCUACAGAUCGUUACAUCCAAGAAAGCUAAUACUAAUAGCAAAGGGUCCUUCGACAGUUUGAAGGCAACCUUCACACUCAAACGUCGAACAACGUACUUCAUUUUUCAACAUUUCAUUCCUUCUGCGUUCCUCGUUUUCCUCUCGUGGCUUAGUUUCUGGAUAGACAGACACGCUGUUCCUGCACGUGUCUCACUCGUGAUCACGUGCAUACUCAGCACCAUGUUCUUAUUCGGAUCAGUUAACAACAGUCUCCCUCGGAUCUCGUACCUGAAGGCAGUAGAUUACUAUUUAAUAUCGUCGCUUACUUUUAUCGUGUGCUGUAUGGUGGAGUAUGUGUGUGUCUUAAACUUCACGGAUAAAGCAGCAUCUUUCUUACUGAGGAGUCAAAGUCUGGCGCCGCCUCCAACACCAAAUCCAACAAAUUCUAUCGCCGAGAUGAUGGACCAGCAAACGUUCAACUGUAACAAAGACCGUCCUUUGAACGGAGUCGCAGGAGGCUUGUCUCUAAGAAAAGGUGUUUUUCUUCACGAAAAUCUUUCUGCAUCGAGGAAAAAGACUCCUUGCGCGAGCAAUGCCUUUUUGGACGGUCUACCCACGAAACAGUUACCUCCUCAUUACAUUGACCAGUACGCGCGGAAAAUCUUUCCACUUCUUUACGGACUGUUCAACAUUGUGUACUGGUCUUACUAUCUUCCACGACGAUAACUCUAUGUUGAUUAACAAGACUGAAAGGAAUGAAUGCUGAGAGCACCUGACGGAUGCGUGUCGUGGGGAUGGAUGCGUGGUGCUUCACACCACCCCUUAUGUCAUAAGCGCUGCAAUAAGAUGAGCAAGCUGAGAUACUGAGGUUCUGUGUUGGCCUUCUUCAAUUACUCUCAGAAUCAGGGUUACAGAGACACGCGAGGCGACACGCGGCGGACACGCAAGGUAUAUGUUAUACCUCGCGAAUACACGCUGUAUGUAAUCUAUACGAGAACAAAAUUCGCUACACGGGACUGAUCUUAGAAUAACUGUAGAGGAAUUGGAUUAGAAUUAAGGUCUUUAGGAGGGUGUCAGUCUCAAAGCCUAGUGUUCCCUUUCCUUGCAUUAUUCGCCAAAAUUUCUUUGAGUUUUGCUUUUACCUUUUUGACCAUGGGUGAAAAUCAUAUUUUCGAGAACGUAUUAAAGGAGAUGGAGGAAGUUUACGUUGGAGGUAGAGGCAAAUCAUCCAGUAAAUACGCAAACUUGAUGUUUGCAUUCCGCUUUCUACAUACUCAGAGUACGAGGCAAAACAUUUCUAUUAGCAAUUUUCUCUCUCGCUGCACGGAAUGUGAUCUCAACAUUUUCAAUUUUAAUGGCGCAGGCGUCAAGGAUAUUUGAGAUUUUAUGUAGAAGUAAUGCGCAUUGCCUAGAAAUAAAGUUAUCCGAGACAUAAAUAUAUUUGCAUACUGUAAUAAGCUAAGCCCUUCUAAAUUCGAUCAAAUGAUUGCCCGGCUUAAGUCAUAUCAAGAAGCAGACAUGAUAAGCUGGUGAAAUCUUAUUCGUCCUGCCUUAUCGUUAAAAGCCGUACUGUCGAUUGGAAUAGCAUACAAUUACAACCCUGCUUUCACAAACUAAUGUUGCGAGCCUUUAUCAAUACCGUAAAAGGCAAAGUAAAUAAAGUUAAGUCUCGGUAAAGCUAUUUGACCUCUUCACGCCCAAGAACUUA